ACAAGCUUUGAUACAACAAUACCUGUAUAUAAAGGUGCAGAAAUGGAUGAUAUAGAAAACUUUCUUUUUGAUUACGAAGGCUAUAUAAAGGUGAAAAAAUACGAUAAAGAAACAACUUGUUUCAGAGUAUAUAUGCAUAUGCCUGAAAGUAUGAGAAUAUAUGAAGCCCAUACUGAAUCCAUAGAUAUGAAACUAAGGUCUGAUGAAAAGCGCAAUUGGUACAUUCAAGGUCUUAGAGAAUCUUUUUGUUCAAAAGUAGAGAACUGUUGCCCUAAAGACUAUGAUAAAGCUAAAAAGAAAGCAUUAGGAAUAGAUGAGUAUAAAAGAGAAAGGAAUCAAAAUCAAGAAGGAGAUAAAUUUGCAAAACCAGUGACUUCUAGCAAAACAGACAUCGACAUCAACAGUCUUGUAAAUGAACUUGCAGCAUUAAAAAUCAACCAUAUUGAGCAAGAAGAUUAG